UCCUGCGACCCCACCCGUAGGAUUUUCUAUUCUCUCAAGUCUCAACUUGAGCAAAACUUUAUGUGGCCGAGUAGGCUAUAUGUUGAGAAAUAAAGCAAGAAUGCCCGGAGGACGAGGCUGUGCUUUAAAGCCAUAGUAAUAGGCUACAGCAGGCUGUCGGUAAAGUAAAGUUUUGUUGUUUUCGGUAAUGUGACUGGAACCCCCCCGACAAGGACUAUGAGCGAUAACGACAUCUUCGAGAUGGACUCCGUGUGUGAGACGGAUGAGUUGGAGGGUGAAACUGACGUCGGCAUAAUAGACGAGGAAGUUGUUUACCCUGAGUUUUUACCAAUAUAUCACAGUUUUGAAGACGGAACAAUAGUUGCCAAAGCACAUCUGGUAGAGUUUAAUAACAAACCAGACUCCUUAUUCUUCAAUGACGGUGUGAGGAGGAUUGACUUCAUCCUGGUCUAUGAAGAUGAAGAUAAGAAGGAUUUUGAGAAGAGGCACACGUUCCAGCGGUACAAGAGGCGGCGAGAAACCUUUGAGGCCAGCUUGAUGAAGAUGGGAAUGGAGCUGGAGGCGACACAAUCUGUGACAGAUGAGAAACUGAUGUUUUUGAAAGUCCACAUGCCAUGGGACACGCUGUGCACAUACGCCGAGGUCCUGCACAUCAAGCUUCCCAUCCAGCCCAACGACCUGUCGUCCCGCCCCUCCCCGUGGCGCUUUUUCUCCUGCAUUACCAAGCACUUCUACCCCAACGAAGAACUGAUCACAAAGGAGGCCGAGUUUUUCACUGCCCCCUUUGAGAAAAAACGUCUGGAGUACUUCCACGUGAGGGACAAAGAUGUCUUCUUCACUGCGGCCAUGAGGAGCAGGAUGGCGUAUUACAUCCUGAGUCGUGCCCCCUAUGAAAUACGGGGGAACAUAAAGAAGUUUGGCGUCACCAAACUGCUGGAUGCUGGAGUGUACAAAGCUGCCUAUCCCCUGCAUGACUGCAGGUUCAAUGUCAAGUCCCAAGAGGAGGGUUGCCCCAACGAGAGAUACCUGCUCUACGAAGAGUGGGCUCAUCCCAAAAGCUUCUACAAGAUGCAACCACUAAACCUCAUUAGGAAGUAUUAUGGGGAGAAGGUUGGCAUUUACUUUGCCUGGUUGGGUUUCUACACAAGAAUGCUCGCUCUGGCUGCCGUAGUUGGACUGUGUUGUUUCAUUUAUGGAUACACGACUCAAGAAACCAGCACCUGGAGCAAAGAGGUGUGCGACCCUGAAAUUGGAGGAAAGAUUGUGAUGUGUCCACAGUGUGACAGAGAAUGCAAAUACUGGACGUUGGACAGCACGUGUGAAGCUUCGAAAAAACUUUGCAUAUUUGAUAACUUUGGAACCUUGGUGUUUGCAGUUUUCAUGUCAGUCUGGGUAACUUUGUUCCUGGAGUUUUGGAAGCGCUACCAGGCGGAGCUGGAGUACACGUGGGACACUGUUGAGUUUCUGGAGCAGGAAGAGCUGCCUCGUCCGGAAUAUGAGGCCAAGUGUAUCUAUGAGAGGAAAAACCCUGUCACAGGGAUAAAAGAAAAUGUGCCCUAUACGGCCUGUGGACGAUGUGUUCGGGUGUCGAUAGGAAUUGGGACAGUGUUAUUCUGGAUUCUGUUGAUCAUUGCGUCCAUUGUGGCCAUCAUCGUCUAUCGCCUGGCUGCAUUUUUUGCCUUCUCAACUAAACUCCGAUCUCAGGACCUGAAGGAGCUGCAAACCUUAAAGGAGUAUGUGACGCCUCAGAUGGCCACUUCUGUCACAGCCUCCCUCAUUAGCUUUGUUAUAAUUAUGAUCCUUAACAUUCUCUAUGAGCGCGUCGCCAUCUGGAUCACCGACUUUGAGCUUCCGCGGACCAAGACAGACUAUGAGAACAGCCUGACCAUGAAGAUGUUCCUCUUUCAGUUCGUCAAUUAUUACUCUUCCUGUUUCUACAUCGCCUUCGCCAAAGGGAAAGCGGUUGGCUAUCCUGGAGAUCCUGCUUAUCUCUUGGGAAAAUACCGCAACGAGGAGUGUGAUCCUGGUGGUUGUCUGAUUGAGUUGACAACUCAGCUUUCUAUCAUCAUGGGUGGAAAAGCCAUCUUGAACAACAUCCAAGAGGUCUUGCUACCGUGGGUGAAGAAUUUGAUUUUCCGCUACUGCACCAGUGCGGCCUCAGAGAAAUUGAUUCCUCGCUGGGAGCAGGACUACCAGCUCCAGGCCCUUACAAAACUAGGACUGUUCUAUGAAUACCUGGAGAUGGUCAUCCAGUUUGGCUUUGUGACCCUGUUUGUGGCCUCCUUCCCUUUGGCUCCGGUCCUGGCUCUGGUCAACAACAUAUUUGAGAUUCGGGUUGAUGCUUGGAAAAUCACCACUCAGUUUCGCCGCAUCGUGCCAGAGAAGGCCCAGGAUAUAGGAGCCUGGCAGCCCAUUCUUCAAGGCAUCGCUAUAUUGGCUGUUGCAACAAAUGCCAUGAUCAUUGCUUUUACAUCCGACAUGAUUCCACGGUUGGUCUACUACUGGUCUUUCUCUGUGUACCCAUAUGGAGAUCACUCUAAUAACACCAUGCAGGGCUACAUCAACAGCUCACUGUCUAUAUUCAACAUUGCGGACUUCUCCAACAAUAGCAAGCCGAUGUCGACACCUUACAACAUCACCACCUGCAGGUAUCGAGAUUUUCGGAAUCCUCCCGGCCACCCCAGGCAGUAUCAGUACAACGUCUACUACUGGCAUGUGAUCGCUGCCAAAAUGGCUUUUAUAAUUGUUGUAGAGCACAUUGUUUACCUUACGAAAUUCAUCCUGUCCUACGUGAUCCCAGACGUCCCAUACGCUGUCAAAGAACAGAUCAAACGAGAGAAAUACUUGACCCAGGUCAUCCUCCACGAGACCAACCUCAAGCUGGUGACCAGACGUUUGAAACCAUUUGACGACGGGACACUCACGCGCACGGAGGUGAACUUGACACAGGAGGAGAUGGAACUCGAUUUCUGAUAGUAAAAUGUAUGGAAGAAGAGAUCAGACCAUACUGUAUAUACAUGACUACCCAGUUUUUUUGCAGCACCUACCCACGUUAUUUAAAUACUGACCAAAACUUUGGGAACUAGUGAAAGAAUUAAGACCUGGAACAAGGUAUGGACUUUUGUUAUGGAAAAUGUAUAGCAAUCAGUAAAAAAAAGAAGACAUCUGAAGUUUCUUUAAGGGGCUGUUGAACAAAGAAAGGAGAAACCACUGUUGUAUAGUCUUCACCCCUGUCUACUGUCCUCACACUCUAUACUCUCAUCAGGACAAAGCGUGUGAAAGGAAAAAGAACAGGGCAUCAUCCUCUAUCACCUCUAAGAGUAUCUUUUUUCACUUUCUUCUCAGACUGACCAAUAUAACAGACAGGAUGUUUUGUAGCUGAAAGUGCACAAACUAGGUGUGGGACAAACAAGUGACAUGGCAUUCUUUUGCACCACCUUAUAAACUCAUUGGUACUAAGUGUCCCUGUUUUGGAUUAGGUUGGAGUUCAAUGCUGAAUCUGAAUCCAGUAUUGGAUUUUAAUCUAUUUAGAUUUAGGUUUUAACCAGUUAAAACAACAAAGGUUAUACAGUAAAUAACUUUACUUUUUUAUAUUUAAGCACACAAACUCAGAUAGGAUGAUGCUUAUUAAGCUAAAUGACUUGCUGGAUGUUUUAUGCAUUGAUUUUUGCAACCUGGUUUGGAUAGCAUUUCACUAAACUGAGACUAGGACUUCUCAUCUGUGUUGGCCUAAAAUGUGAGAUACAGUAUGGUUGAAAGCUUCAGAAAAAGUUAGUGUGUAGACCUGGAGUUGAGAUUUAUUUUUUGUUAAAAAAAUAUUUUUUGGUGCCGUUUUAGGCUUUUAUUUUUAUAGGACAACUGACGACAGAGAGAGGGGGAAUGACAUACAGCAAAGGGCCGCAGGUCGGAGUCAAACCUGCGGCCGCUGCGUCGUAUAUAUGGAGGCGUGCUCUACCAACUGAGCUACCCAGGCUCCCUUGUCAAAACAUUUUUAUGGAUAUUUUUACUCAGAGUGUCUUCCAGGUUUAUGACUACAUCACAUUUACCUUGGCUAUAUCACUGUGAUGGUUCACUCCGUCCAUUGAGCUUCAUGCUGGGGGAUCCAAGCUUUCACACACAUGUAACCAACAAGUGCCACUGCUGGGUUUAAUGCUGUCAUGAAAUAUCAGUAUUUAUUACAUACAAAAUGUGCACCACUUUUUAAUGCAAUGUUGAUGAUUGAUAGAGGGUUUUUUUGCACUUCCAAUUUUGUUACUAGAACUAAAGAGCUGAGGGGAUCUGUUGAAAAAAAAAACACUCACAAUGUUACGCAAGUGAUGAGAUACCAGGAGUUAGAGUAUACAUAAACUAACUUUAGCCACAUAUAUUCACUAAAUGUGCCUCAAAUACCUUUACCUCUGUAAACCUUUUAAACAUGUAAACGUUCCAAAGGUUGUCAUUAUGUUGUUUGGAUGGGAUUCAAUUACAGUACAGACAAUUCAGAAAGUGAAUUUAUUUGACAAGUGAUGCCAUGUAAAGGUUUGAUGUAUUCAAGUUUACAGACCACAAGAAACUGAAUGCUUUCUCAUCCUUACACCAAAUGUAGUUCAGUUACGCCUUUAGUUUUUAAUUAAAUGAAUCAAUCAAUUGCAGCCCUGUGAAGUGGUUUAGUUGACGAUGUGAGUAUAGAGAGUAUAGCGAAUAGAGAGUCUUUCUCUAUUCAUGUACACCCAUCUACUGUACUGUUUUGCACUUUUAACUUACAGAGUUCCAGGCCUGUACCUGGCUAUGACCACUGCACUGCACAUCAUCAACAUUUUAACUGCAAGUUAUAUUCAUUAUAAUCAUUUAAUCAUAAUAUCAUUGCUGAAAUCAUAAUACAUUGUGCUUUGUACAAUGAUACUAUAACCAGGGUCCAAAAUUAGCACCAUCUACCAGCAAAAUGCUGGUAAAAUAUGCAAGUGGCCGUUAGAUUUGCUAUAUUCACCAGCCAAAAAACAAUAGUAAUCUAUUGAAUGGCUGGUAAAAUUUGAACAUUCCCUAUCCAUUUGGCUGGUGGACGAAAAAGUUAAUUUUGGACCCUAGACUAUAACCACCAUUUAUGCAAACAGUACCAUAUACCAGCAAUGUCUAAAAAUGCAUUUCUUUCUUGUCUUUUUGUUUUAACUCCUCAUAAAAGUUGUUUUAUAAAAAGGUUUUGGGUGUGUGUAUUAAGUCUUAGUUUAAAGACUUAAAUAUUAAAAACAUUUCCACUGUC